AUGGGCAAGCGCGCAAACUAUAACUUGCUUGCAGAGCUGGCAGAUGAGAUCCUACCGGUGACUUCGUGUCCUGAUGCUCCUUGCGAGGCAAACUUGUGCGGUGUGAUUAAGCCACUUUACAACCUCAAGCAACAUCCUAGGACGAUGAAGCUGGAGCGAGCCCUGCAGCUCAAAGAUCAGUGCGAUCGAGAGCUUCGCUCUAUUUGUGAAUCAAAACGCCGUCACUAUCCCCCACAUUCGGCAUUUGGCAGCCAUGAUGAGCUCCAACUGCUGGAACAGGACAGGGCAAACGAAACUGUGAUUCGAGACAAGCGUGAGCUCGAGCGGUUGAUGAGAAAGCUGUCCCCUGCAAUGAGCCUCUUUGCAUCGACAGAAGCCGAGUUUGUCCACAUUCUCCAAGCCUGUUCUUCCUGCAGCAAUCGAUUGGCGUUUUGCGCGUCAUGCAUGGAGAAGGCAUCCGAGUUCCUCACUGGCUUCUCAUCAGUUGAGCUUCUUGCUCUGUCGGCAUGCUACGGGUGUGUAGCUCUAAGCUUUCAGCUCAUGGAUAACAUUCGAGCGAUGCUAUAUUCUCUAGGUCGAAUUCUGUAG